AUAUAGUGAAGUAGCAGCGUGCUUAUGCAGACAGAGGGAGCGGCAACCAGAGACAGGGUGUCCUCACCAUGGCCCCUAUGCAGCUCCUGGCAGAAGUCAAGGGCUGGCUCCGGAUCCGAAGCCUCCUGGCCCGACAGUGCCUGGCAGAGUUUCUGGGUGUGUUUGUGCUCAUGCUCAUCACCCAAGGGGCUGUGGCCCAGGCUGUCACCAGUGAGGAAACUAAAGGCAACUUCUUCACCAUGUUUCUGGCUGGCGCUUUGGCUGUGAUGGUCGCCAUCUACGUGGGUGGUAAUGUCUCCGGGGCUCACCUGAAUCCAGCCUUCUCCCUGGCCAUGUGCCUCCUGGGACGCCUCCCCUGGGCCAAGCUCCCCAUUUACUCCUUGGUGCAGAUACUGUCUGCUUUCUGCGCCUCUGGAGCCACUUAUGCUCUCUACUAUGAUGCCCUACAGAACUAUACAGGUGGGAACCUGACAGUGACUGGCCCCAAGGAGACAGCUUCCAUCUUUGCCACCUACCCUGCUCCCUAUUUGUCCCUGAACAAUGGCUUCUUGGAUCAGGUUCUGGGAACUGCGGUCCUGAUUGUGGGGAUCUUGGCCAUCCUGGACACACGGAACAAGGGAGUGCCUGCAGGUCUGGAGCCCAUGGCAGUGGCCCUUUUGAUCCUGGCCAUCGGGCUCUCCAUGGGUGCCAACUGUGGAUACCCACUCAACCCUGCCCGGGACCUGGGCCCACGGAUUUUCACCUACGUGGCCGGCUGGGGCCCUGAAGUCUUCAGCGCCGGUAAUGGCUGGUGGUGGGUGCCUGUGCUGGCCCCUAUGGUGGGGGCCACCCUUGGCACAGCCACUUACCAACUUCUGGUGGCUCUGCACCACCCUGAGAGUUCAGAACCGGCUCAGGGUCUAGUGCUUGCCCAGUAUAAAGACUUGGAAACUCCUGCCUCAACUCAGACGCCCCAACAGUCCUACCUCCCUCAUGGACACUGAAGAGGGCCGGAGACCCAGACCUGGAGACACGACAUUCUUUCUCUGGACUAAGGCACCAGGCCCUGCGCAGCUUCUGUGUUUACUCAUCUAAGCAUCGCUUCCCCUAAACUGGGGCGGACGCCGGGACAGGGAGACCGCCCGGGAGGAGCCUGAGGUCCCACAAGCCCCUUUGGGGACCCUGCGGGCUCCCAGGAACGCAGUCCUCCCUGCGGCCGCCAGGGGGUGCGCCCCCCGGACGCCGGACUGGGGAAGCCAGAAAUCUGCCGGGUGGUGGGGACUAGCUCCGAACCUGGGUCCCACUGUCUGACUCCCAGGCCCCUACCCUCGGCGCCUCCGCCCCUGCAUUAGCUC